GCCAUUGGAAGGCCUGAUAGCUUUACUAGGUGGUAGCUACUACAACUACGACCGCCACCACACACUCCCACACUCAAAUAUAGCAUGGCAAACGACUCCUUGACGAGGGGGCAUAUAAUCGGGGAUGUCUUAGACCCGUUUACUAGCUCGGUGCCUUUAACUGUCAUGUAUGAUGGCAGACCUGUGUUUGAUGGGAUGGAGUUUCGGGCGUCGGCGGUGUCGGUGAAACCUAGAGUUGAGAUUGGAGGUGAUGAUUUUCGAGUGGCCUAUACCCUAGUUAUGGUGGAUCCUGAUGCUCCUAAUCCUAGCAACCCUACCCUGCGGGAAUACUUGCAUUGGAUGGUGACUGACAUCCCAGCAUCAACAGAUGAUAGCUUUGGCCGAGAGGUUAUAACAUAUGAGAGCCCGAGCCCCACCAUGGGCAUCCACCGUAUCGUCUUGGUGCUGUACCAACAACUGGGGCGGGGCACGGUGUUUGCACCGCAAGUGCGUCAAAACUUCAACUUGCGCAAUUUUGCACGCCGUUUCAACCUCGGCAAGCCUGUGGCUGCGAUGUACUUCAACUGUCAGCGACAAACAGGCACAGGUGGGAGAAGGUUCACCUGAGUAUUUUACUCCUCAUGUUCAAGUUGAAGGCAAGCUUGAGCCUACUAGCUACAUAUGCGUGCUUACCUACUUAUGGCCGCAUUGUCAUACAUUAUCUGGCACAAAAUCUAGAAAUAAGAUGUAGGCUAGUGUGCCUCUAUGAGGGUAAUGAUGUCUGCUUUUUAAUAAUCUCAUGAUAAAAGAGGUUAGUACUGGGUGUACUGAUGUGACAUUUUUGUCACAUCUUGGUAAUAAACAUAUAUAUGGUUCUCCUUU